AAUGUAGUCAAACGUCAACUGUCACUUUAGUUUUUAUCAAUAAUCAUUUGUUUGAGUUGAGGUUAUAUUUUCAUGUGGUAAAAUUGUGAUGAAUUAAAAGGAUGUCUUUACCAACACAAACAAAACCACCUGGAAAGAGUUGGCGAGAAAUAAACCAAGAAAGAAAAGCAUUAAAGCGGCAACGAAACGAAGAGAAAAUAAUAAAACGUGAGAAAAGAGUCGCUUUAGAGAAAGUAGUUCAAGAAAAGGUUAAAGAAGAAGUAGAGAGAGAAAAGAAGAAUGCAGAGAUUUCCACUAUUAGUAUAGCCGUACCUGGGUCUAUUUUAGAGAAUGCUCAAUCGGCAGAAUUGCGUACUUACUUAGCUGGGCAAAUAGCCCGCGCAGCUUGCGUAUUCUGUGUGGAUGAAGUAAUCGUGUACGACGAUAUAGGAGACAAAUUAAACACGAAGAAAUCAAAAUUGGAAGAUGCAGACGGUGUGAAAGUAGCCCGCAAAAGUUGUGUUCAGUUAGCUCGAAUAUUGCAAUAUUUGGAGUGUCCUCAAUAUUUACGCAAGCAUUUCUUCCCUUUGCACAAAGACCUUGAAUUUGCUGGAUUGUUAAAUCCUUUAGAUGCUCCACACCACUUAAGGAUGUCAAAUGAUUUUAAAUUCAGGGAGGGUAUAACGAUGAACAAAAAGGUCAGACCUGGUAAAGGUUCUCAGGUGAAUGUGGGCUUACUGCAAGAUAUAUCUACUGACAAAUUGCUCAACCCUGGCCUCAGAGUCACCGUAAGGAUGUUACCUACUGCAGAAGGAAGCAAAAAACUAAAAGGCAAGAUUGUGAGUUUGUCCACACCGAGGGCAGAAACUGGAGUGUACUGGGGCUACACAGUAAGAAUUGCUAACAAUUUAAGUCAAGUGUUUACUCAAAGCCCCUAUAAAGAUGGUUAUGAUUUGACAAUAGGCACGUCUGAUAGAGGUAGUUCAAUUGAUGAAUUGCCAAACAAUGGGUUAGACUACAAUCAUGCCCUUGUGGUAUUUGGUGGACUUCAUGGCAUUGAAGCAGCUUUGGAAGGAGAUGAACAAAUACAGGAGGAUGAUGCCAGUUUACUUUUCAAUCACUAUGUGAAUGUAUUGCCAAGUCAGGGUUCAAGAACAAUUAGAACUGAAGAGGCAGUGCUGAUUGCUUUGUCUGGACUUAGGAAUAAAUUGAAAGCUAAUAACGAGCCCAUGGUGUUUAAGGACACAGGGAUCGCAGUUAGUUCCACAUUCCCAGCUAUUAAAAGUGAUUCGGAAUCUGGCGGCACUGUCAAUUUAGAUUUAAGCAAAUUUGAUUAAAAUAUGUAAUUAUGA